ACUAGGUGGCAGGACGGGCCUCGCAGGCAGUCGUCGACUACGGCUCCGUUCGCGAACGCAGCGGUUGCGCCGCUUGCGUGAGGCUGCGCGCGCGCGCCGCUGGCACUGGGACUUCGAUCUGUCGGCGUCGUCUACCGUCCCAAAAGAAAGCGCUGUGUAGCGAACGUCGCUGUCUAUCGCGUGUGGCAAACGUUCCGUUUAUACCUGCCGUUCUAAGUGCCGGACAUGAAAUGUGGGUGUGCAUCUGGUUGGUUUCGACGAACACGCCGCGAUCCCGGUUAGCGGAGUGCCGGCUACGACUGAAGGCAGUUGUUCCACGGAGUGAUACACCGAUGCGGCAGCUUUGGCCGCCGUCCGCAGUUUUCUAGCGGAGUCUCCGAUCAGCGCCCUGGAAGUUCGGGCGGACACUUCGCGUCGGCGGCGGCGCCCCCAGCAGCGGCAGGGUUCGUCAGGCGGCACACGGCCGAAGGCUGCCGCACUGCGCCGUUCGAUGGGCGGCACAGGGUAGCCAGCCAGUACUUACACUGGCUAACCUCCCUGUUUUUCCUCCUCUUUCUCUCUCUCUCUCUCUUGAAUGUCCGUCUCCGGCCUUCUGAAGUGACUAGCGGAAAAGUGGGCACGGGACACUACAUAAGCGGCAAGGACAAGCGUAAACUUCCAACUGGUGUUUGUUUCAAAAAGGUUGAGCGGAGCUGCCCGCGCAAGGCGUUCGCCGACUGGGCCGGACGAGUGAUGGACGAUCUGCCGGGCUGCUGCUCUCCGCGAGCGGAGCACGGGCUGCGACAGUGACCCCAUGCACAUGGAGGCCGGCCGAGCACCGGGUGCGGCGGUCGCCGGCUUGUCAGGCGGCGCCUGGCUCCCGGCGCCGCGCAGCUUCCUGCUCCCCUUGGGCACGGGCAUCACGUUCGGCUUCGGCUGCGCCUACCUGCUGCUGAGCGUCAUCUCCCUCGACCACCCGGGCGUGGCGCCGUGGCUGCUGGCCCGCAGGCGGCCCGGCUCCGCGUCGCUCUUGUCGGCCCCCGGCCCGCACGCCGACCACUGGGAGGACGAGGAACCGCCGGCGCCCGAGGUGCCGCUCGCCGGGCACGGGCCGGACGACGAGUUCCACCACAGCGACGAGGACCGCGUGGCGCGGAACCUGCGGCGCCAGGUGCGCGUGCUGUGCUGGGUGAUGACGCAGCCGCGCAACCACGCCAAGAAGGCGCGCCACGUCAAGGCCACCUGGGGCCGCCGCUGCAACACGCUGCUCUUCAUGAGCUCGCAGUCGGACUCGCAGCUGCCCGCCGUGGCGCUGAACGUGACCGAGUCGCGGAACCACCUGUGGGCCAAGACCAAGGCGGCAUUCGACUACGUGGCGCUGCACCACCUGCGCGACCACGACUGGUUCCUCAAGGCGGACGACGACACGUACGUGGUGGUGGAGAACCUGCGCUACUUCCUGCGCGACAAGAACGCCUCGGAGGCGGUGUACUACGGCUGCCGCUUCAAGCCGUACGUGGCGCAGGGCUACAUGAGCGGCGGCGCGGGCUACGUGCUCAGCCGCGAGGCCGUGCGCCGCCUCGCCCGCCGGCGGCCGCAGGACGGCUGCCGCGCCGACGCCGGCGGCGCCGAGGACGUCGAGAUGGGCCGCUGCCUGCAGAGGCUCGGCGUGGCCGCGGGCGACUCGCGGGACGCGGCCGGCCGGGGCCGCUUCUUCCCGCUGGUGCCCGAGAGCCACCUGAUACCCGGCCAGAUGCCCAAGGACUUCUGGCUCUGGUCGUACGCCUACUACCCCAUCAAGGAGGGUAUGGACUGCUGCAGUGACACAGCCAUCUCAUUCCAUUACGUCAGCCCCAACAUGAUGUACGUCAUGGAGUACCUUGUUUACCACUUGCGACCAUAUGGCAUAGACACCAGUAUACGCCCCAAAGCACCAAUCAGCCAGAAAACUACAUACAGGACUAGUGUGCCGUGAUGUGCUGGAACGUCUCAAGCUGAGCAUUCUGUGCUGCUACACUGUGCCAUCAGCGACAUUCUUCAGGGAUGGUACACCUGUGUGCUAAAUGAGCAGAGAACAUUGAGCAGUGUGUGCCUGAGCUGUGACAACAAUGCAUGGCAGAGGUACAUGCCAAGUUGUUAUGGUUGCCGCACAGCCUGUGUGCAUCAAGCCACACGUAGCACCACAGUUUUAUUCAAAUGGGCCAUCAGUGAUACAUUGAACUGUGGUAUUGUUUGGUGCUGCUAUUCACCGGGUGUGAUUUGCCGAUGGUAGUAUAUAGUAGAAAUAGACUAAUUAAAUGCAAGCAAACAGAGUUCUUAGUGUACACCUAGGUACUUUAGGGUGUGCAAUCUAAUCUGUAGUUCUAGCAUUUCUCUGUGUCGAUGCCUCCUUCUGAUGUCGAAUGUCAUAGAAGAGGUUGCAUAGCACAGAUAGUCACUCACAGCAGACAUACUAGCAGCAAAGUGCCAUACCUAUGCAAAGGUCACCAGUACGACGCAUGGUGAAAAGCAAGUGGUUAGCGUGAUUUCCCAUUGAAAUCAUGACAGAAGGCUUCAAGUCACUCAGUGUUACAAGUUUAUUCUUGAAAGAAAGUUAUAUUCUUGUCAAGCUAGUUCAUCAUCAUCUAAGGACACAACAGCAAGUUCAGAGGUUGUAUAACUUGGAGCACUCGUACUGGCAAGCUAAUCCUGUGACUGGUCUCUUAAUAUGUUUAAAAUAUUGCAAUUGCAAUCAUAUCAUACAAUUAAAGGGCUCAGCACCUGAAUAAUUUAGUACAGUGCUGCCAAAAGUUAGCGCUUACACUGUGUCCUCUUGCCAGGCAGGGGCGCGAUGAGAGAUCGUUGUUCAGGGCGCGCUUUCAGUUUCGCCAUGUGUGAUUUGCCUACGCCGCGCCAACGAGGCGCGGCCACGUUUUUGGUAACGUCAAAAUGACCACAUAUGCUCUUGUCAAUCGCGUUGAAAGCGAGAACGUCGUCCACUAGGCGCAGAACGCGACAAAAGGUGUGCAGUUCGAGCAGUCAUGUGCUCACUGCCAGACCGGCUUCACAUGGCAUGUCUGAUAAAUUGGAUUGAAUCCAAACGGUGGCUGCGGCUACAGAAUGGCACGUUCGGAUCCAAUCCAUAGUCUAAUUCGAGAAAAUGGCGCUUGCAUUGGGAGCUUCUGUUGUGUUGGCGUUGCGCGAGGAGAAAGCAGAGUGGCUGGAGGUGUGAAAUGCGUUUGAAGAGAUGGCAGAAAGCGAAUUGUGGCUUCGUUUUCGUUUCUCAAAACGAACAGUGUAUUGAACAGCUUGCUCUUUCGCGCCGAAACCCGGGUUACAAUGAACUAGAAAGCGGCAGUGCAGCGCGCGGAGGCAGCGAUGCAUGGGGGCACCUGACGCUGGCAAUGCCGAAAGGAGCGGCGGCACUGCGAUUCCUCACUCUUGUAUACUCUUCAUUCUUGUAUGCUAGUUCAUUUGUUUCCAUUGCCCAUAACCACAACAAUUGAUGCUGGCUUUGAAUUUGUGUGAAAAACUAUUCCAUAUAUCAAUGUUCAGCCCCCUACCGGCUCUUGUGUUUGUCUCCAUACUCUGUAAAGCCUGUAUAGUGAUUAUUUAGUUGCAGAUUACACAGACCAUGAGCUCGUGUCCCUUUUGUAAGAUGCUGUACCUCCCCUGUCACAGCAAUGAUGUGCUCUAGUUAUCCUAUGGACGUCCACUGCCAGGACAUCAAUAUCCUAGGGAUGUGUCAAAUACGUCUUGUGAACUUCCCUCACAUAACCAUUUAGUCACGUGAGGUACACUAACACUGUACGCGGGGGCCCAUUCAGACAUUGCAGUGCAACAACAUGUUACUGCCUUUGCAAGCAUGCUACUGUUCCCAUCACUUUUCUUUCACUGUUCGCGACGCCAUCUAGCGACUGUGCAGAAAAAGUUAUAGGUACUAAUAAAUUGUAAUCGUCGUAUGUAUUACUAUUUGAGAACACGUUUAAGCUUCAGAAGAAAAAUAUUUUGUUUUCAUAUAAAUUUUUUAUUCAUUAGAAGUGAGAAAAAUUUAGUUUUGUAGUUUAUUGCACCCAAGCUGAUGAAAAAUGAGGCACAUCAACUUCCGGGGAGUUCACCGCUUGGCGAUUGGCUUCUCUUUCCCUACCUUUUCAAAUUUUGCAGGCUGCCCACUUUGUGACAUUGCAGUGACUGAAUGUGUUCUGUUCUGAAUGCAAAUCUGAUUGCACCCGAGCUGUGCUGGCAUAAUUAUCAAUCAAGUUCUUUUUCGAAAUAGAAGAGUGUUUUUCGAUAUUUUAUGCUGAAUGAAUCUCAUAGAUUCUGGAGAUAUGAUCUAAAUUUUCUACUAUUGAUAACCACCAUCAUCAGAAGUGUGCUACAGGUAUUAGCAAUUGAGGAAAGUCUGAGAUGCAAGGAUACAUCCUACUAUUAGAAGAAGUAAUUUUUGCAUCUCUGACUACUAAUUCAGGCAACUGCCAUAAACCCAGUGAAUCACAACUUUGCUUGAAUAGUAUCCCAAAAAUGAAUCUGACCAAAUUCACAAAGCUGUUCUUUGCCAUGUGCUGUUUUACACACACCAGCUGCCUUUGAUAACAUGUCCAACAGAACCAGUGGCUGGCAUUUGCUCUUAUGAACCUUUCUAACAUAACGUUUCUGUGACUAAAGGCCACAAUAUUUAGCUCUGCAAAAUUUCUCUUAAGUGGCUCAAGCCUGUGCAAAAUUUUUUUUUGUAGAUUUGUCAUUUAACGAGACACACAUGACAUGCAGGUUUUUAAUACCGACGUAGAUAACUUAGAGAUACAUUUAUAUUAAAGUGUAACACUAAUUUUAAAGCAUGCGUUAAUGGCUGUAGGUAUGGAGAGAGAAUGUGGCAUUCAUGGCACGCUAAUCUGUAUAGUGUGUCUGCUUGAUGCAUGUUUCAAACUACUCUGCAAAACGGCCACCAGUGCACUUAACUGUGCAUACUCCCUCUUGAGUUUGAAGUGCAUUUUAGCUACUCACAUUCGUCUUUAUUCUUUUUCUUUUGACUUGCCAUCAAGUGAAUUGCUCUCAUUGCAUAAAGCAGCCUACCUUUCCAUCGGUGCUGUGCCAUUGAAUACUUUAUGGCAUGUGCUUGAAUAUUCCUUGGCUUAUGGGAAGCAGUCAUAUGUCUUUUAAAAUUCUUGCCACUGUUUUAUGCUUUUGGUCAGAUCAGAUAGCAACAUAGAUUUACCGUAUAAAGUGGAGUAUCGGUCAAAAUUCUUUCCUGAAAAAAAAAAGCAGCUAUAGCCGCUGCUCAUUUUAUUUACUGGUCUUUCUGGCACAUUGUGAGUCAUCUGGUCAACUCGAGAUAAGGAUAUGACCUAUAUUCCGGGCCGACCUAUAUUUCGGUUUAUACAGUACCUUUCCCAGCUGCUAUUGAUUGUUCGUGAUGUUUUAAAUAAGAAACAUUGGUUGCCCAAUACAGAAAAAAUGGCACUUUGCUGUCAGGUUAUUAUGAAUACAAUGUAGUCUGUGUUCGCACUUAAGCACAUUUGUAGGUUAUUAUGAAUAUAAUGUACUGUGUGUUCGCAGUUAAGCACAGUUGCAGUGCAGUGCAUAUUUUGGUUCUACAUAAUCUGGCUAAUUGCUUAACACUUAUGCCAGUGCUGCUAGCUUCAAUGUGCUUGUCUCGUCUCUGUAACAAGGGCAGCUGUUGCUUUCUACCUUACUUGUGAUUUGGAUAUAACAGAUACGAAGCACCUUUUUAGAAACAGUAAGGCAUACUUUGAGGCAUGUGAUUUUUCCAGUGUCUUUCAGGCAUAUCAGUCUCUGCUCAUUGGCAUCCCAUGGCCCAUAUUUCCUGGCUGAUGUCAUUAAUUUUAGAGAUUAUGGCCUUACAUCAGCACGGCUGCCAUGCACUCUAUAGCCAGUACGCAUGUAAUGGCCCCAGCAAAUGGGCUGAUACGAUUAUAAAGCCCUAGUCACGCUUGCUGUACCUUCAGUUACCCUAACUGAUGAUAACUGUUCCUUAGUUUGCUUUGUGUAAGUACUUUCAUAGAAUGUGUCAUAUGAGAGCAUCAGAGAUCUCGAUUCCUGAGAGGUUACUAUAUGCGUCCGUGGUGGUGAGACUAUAUAUGAGCAACUUGACGUCUAAUCAAAUAAUGUUCCUCAACAAUAGGACUACGUAUGUCCACAUCGGUGGCAAGCUAGUCUUGUGCGUCAGAGAAUGAGCAGUGCUUGCAGCUGAAAAGUGCUUACUUCUGGUAAGUAGUCUGGCAGUCCAGCUAUCACAAACAUUCCAGGAUGUCCUUUCACAUUUUAAGGACGACAACUGUAGGGUUUUUAGUCGAAAGUGUAGUCAUUUGCUUGUGCCACUUUUUGGACACCCAUGUGCAGUUGCUUUGUGUACUUAUGUUUACUGUCAAAGUAGUUCCUGUUGUGACAUGUUCAGUGAUGUAUUAACUAAUGCAAAGCUGUGUUGAAUUUCUGGUGUCUUCUGAGUCUGAUUAUACAAUGUCACCAUACUUGUAACAGAGAAGACUUCUUGUCAAGGUUAUUUUAGCAGGUCACCCCAUUAAUAUGCACUCCAUCAGAACAAGUGCAUUCAUAAACUUCAUGACGUGUGUGAGGCAUCCAAUGUGUUUCCACUGGCUGAGGUGUGAGUACUUGCUACAUGCAUAAGUGUGUUUCUGUUUAGAGGAUAGUCACACAAUAUUAACCUCCGAAGUUUCAUUGAUGUGGUUUCAUGUGAAUUUAAUUAACAAUACAAGAAAUGUCCAACAUGUCAAAGACAUUACAGUGUAGACUUGAUUGUGUUUCUAAGCUCUUGCUUCCGCAGAUGCGAAAAAUAUUAACAGUGUACAAGUGUACACGUUUGAGUGAGUGAACCCAGAAAUGAGAAUUGUGACAAAAGUUGACUUACAAACCCUUCUAUAUCAUCAAUUAGUUUCCUUUGUACCUGUCUAGUUCCGAAAAUGAAAGAAAUACCAUUUUUCGUCAUGCCCAAUAGUGUUUUGAAUCAAAGCGAGUGCACAUUGAGUUUUUAAGAUGAGUGAUUGCGUGACUGUGAAUAAAGCUUGUGUGUCUGAAAAGGUUA